AACGCAGCAGCAUUUAUGUUUCGCUCAAAAGCUUCCAACUUUCUCAUGCGAAAACUAAUCAAAUCGAAUAAUCAAUCUCAAACAAGACGAUUCGCCAAAAUUACAGUUGAUUGAGCAUCCGGGCAUCUCAGUGAUGCAUUGAAGCAUGAAAAUGGCAGAGGUUGUUAAAAAAUUCUUCAUUGCAUCCAUGUUCAUGUGGAUUGCUCCUCUCGCGAUCUUAUUUUGCUUCAAUCAUAAUUUAAUUCCUGUUUAUUCAGGUUUGGCCCAUUUGUCUCCCUAUGGAAUGACAUUGUUAAGUGGAUUACUUGCUGUUUUAUCAGUCAAUAUAGUUAUUGCAUUCUACAUUUAUUUGGCAAUUAAGGAACCUUCAGACAAACACCAGCCAGAUCCUGUAUUUCUUGCCAAGGCCAAAGCUAGUGUCAGCCAGCCCACUGGUGAAGCUGAGAUUUCUUCUGUGGUCUCUAAGAAAGAAAAGUAGGACAGCCAAAGCCUUUCUCAUUUCACCUGUGGAAAGAGUGAAGCCGAACCAUGAUGGCAGAGCUUCUAAUAGCAGAAUAGCUUCAAUCUACUUGUUUGUAUAUCUUAUUUAUGCUGCCAUUUGCUAUUUGUUAAGUUCAAGGUGUAUGAUUAGUGUAAACUCUGUUUUCAGAUUAAUUAAAUAUGCAAUUUUUGUUA